ACAAUAGAGUAUUGAAGAUGUUAAACAAUACACAAAAAUUGUGCGUAGUAUUGUUCAUCUAUUCAAAAACCGGCCAUCUAUACGGCUACAUCCAACGUUAUAAAUCUCCUCCCGUAAAUAGUCUGCUUAAAGGAGAGGCUUGGUAGAAAGCGAAAAUGGAGAACAUGGCGGUGUCCAGACGCCAUCGCAAAAGCAAACUCAAGUUACCAUCAAAAUCUGAGUCGGAUCUCGAGGCAACAUCAACAAGACAUGAACGAAGAAAUUAGGAAAAAGAAAGUCCGGUUGGAGAAACGACCGUCUUCCGAGGGAGUGCGAGCGAAGCAUGAACGGAAAGCUUCAGGGGGAAGGAAAAUGAAAAUGAAACUAAGACGGUCUGAGGGGAACAAAGAGAUGGUUUAUUGCAAAAUCUCAAGGAGAAGGAAAAUCAGACCAGAGCAGCAAUGCUCUCAUGAAGGAAUUGGAAUCGUACUGGAAGAUGCAUUAGAGAUCUCAAGGAAAAGGCAAAUCGAACACCUAGAAUAUCUCAUGAAGGAAGGAAAGCCAAACCCUAUGUCUUCCGAAGUAACAUUCCAUCCUUGGUCUUGUAUGGCAGAUGUUGCUUUAAUGCAUUAUCACAAGGAACAGGGCAUUGAAUUUCACCUUCUGCAAAUGGUGAAAAAAAAUGGUAAAAUCAUCCCACCGUUUUCAAGCUUAGAGCCAGGAAUAUAUUUUCAUAUCUUCUUUAAGGCUGUGCCCAGAAAUGUUGAUUGUGUCGAAUUGUCCCCGCAAUUGUUUUUCGCUGAGAUUUUUGACUGUGGUGUGAAAUUUCAUCCCACUCAUUGUUUCGUCAUUAAACCUGAUGAUGAUCCUGUCCACAAAAGAAGACUUGGUUGUGGCGUAUGUCCUGAUGAUGAAGAAUUUCCACACCCAAGUACUGGAUUUAAUGCUGGCCAUUUUCCAUACGUCGGACCUGUGAUGCUAUAAGCUAUAUAAUAGAAUCAUCAUCCUAUGUAGAAACUGAAUUGUUUUAAUCAUUGGCUGUCAGAUGCAGUAUCUAAAGAUUAUCUAACAAUCGAUCAUCACCAAAUUUGAAGCUAAACAUAUGGAAGUGUUCAACUUUUUCGAAACAAUGAGUUGGGGGAAAGAAAUAUUUUUGCUGUGGUGUUACAAUUUUUUUUUUUUUUUCUAUAAUAUUAUAAAAAUAAAUAAAAGUAGUGUAAGUUUGGAUACA